AUGGCUAACAGGUUUUUAAACCUACCUACCUACCUACCUACCUACCUAUCUAUGUAUCUAUCUAUCUAUCUAUCUAUCUAUCUAUCUAUCUAUCUAUCUCAGCCUGUUCAUAUCUAUCUAUCUAUCUAUCUCAGCCUGUUCAUAUCUAUCUAUCUAUCUAUCUAUCUAUCUAUCUAUCUAUUUCAAUCUGUUCUGAUCUCUCUCUCUCUGUCUGUUCAGAUCUAUCUAUCUAUCUAUCUAUCUAUCUAUCUCUUCACAUCUCUCUCUCUCUCUCUCUCUAUAUAUAUAUAUAUAUAUAUAUAUACAGACGCAAUAGCAAAAUCUCUCUCUCUCUCUCUCUCUCUCUCUCUCUCUCUCUCUAUUGCAUACACACACAAAAACAAAGAGGAGAAGAAUUUCUCCGGUUGUCGGCGUUUGAAUUUACUUUUGCGUUAUUAUAAGAUCUCAGCCGUAUCUACAGGUCGUUACCUGACCUGCAAGGCAGCAAAACAGUCAAACGGCAUCAAGUACGAUUACCAAAUAAGGUUAAUCGUAGUUGGGGAUGCUGCCACUGGUAAAUCAACCCUCGUUAAUCGGUACUUAAAGGAUGAAAAGACAAUGCAACAAUUGGACGAUUCUUAUCAGGACCAAAAUCUUCCGAGAAGAAAAGUCUUGGAGAAGAACCAGAAAAAGAUCCAUUUACAAAUUGUGGACACAGCGGGACAAGAAAAAUACCGAAGUUUGACUUCCUCCUAUUACUUAGAUUCGCAUGGUUGCUUGAUCGUCUUUGAUUUAACCAAGGAGAACACUUUUCACAGCGUCUUCAGAUGGUCUCAAGAUUUACACGAAUAUGCUCCGAACUGGGUUCGUGCCAUCCUCGUCGGAACUAACUGUCUUUCCAGAAAGCGGAAAGUUUCCAAGGAAAGAGCCGAAAAUCUCGCUAGCAGUAUUGGCCUGAACUACGUGGAGACAUCUAUCUAUCUAUCUAUCUAUCUAUUUUAUCUAUCUGUUUUACCCUGUUCUUUCCCUUCUGUCAAUCCUUAUCUCUUUCUAUCUCAGUUUAUUGAUAUCUAUUUAUCCCAACCAACUUUAUCUAUUGACCUCAAUAUUUUCUAUCUAUCUAUCUAUCUAUCUAUCUAUCUAUCUAUCUAUCUAUCUAUCUAUCUAGCCCAGUCUGUUUCCCCCUCUCGAUGUCUAUCUCUUUCUAACUACCUUAGUUUAUUGGUAUCUAUCUAUCUAUCUAUCUAUCUAUCUAUCUAUCUAUCUAUCUAUCUCAGCCUGUUCAUUAUCUAUCUAUCUAUCUAUAUCUAUCUAUCUAUCUAUCUAUCUAUCUAUCUAUCUAUCUUGGACCAGUUUGCUUGUCGUUUUCUUUUUGUUUUAUUUGCUUUCAUAAGCAGUUUAUUGGUCCUUCUUCCUUUUUUGCCAGUAUUUUAG